AUUUGGCCCCGAUGGCGCCGCACCGCGCCAGAGGCGAGUCGGGGGACGCGCGAGUGUCGCGGCGUGGCUGGGGGCGCCGUUCCGCGGUCGCUUUUGUGGCCCCGUUUCUGGGGGAUUUUGCUGCGGUGAGGUUUGCGGUUGGCGGACACGCGCAAUGAUCGUUAGAGUUCGCCGAACCGAUCCCCUCUCAGUAUGUUCGGGUGCACCAUGUUCCGUGUUUCACAGUGCGGACUGAGGACUGCACAAAGCGCAAUGUACCUGCGCCAUUACUGUGGAGAGGAACUACGAACAGUUCUGUCAAAGUAUACCCGUUUUUCUCGCUUUAGGACGACUUUAAAUGCAGAAUAACGUAACGGAAUUGACGCACAGAUUACUACGAGCCCUCGACACUAAUUACAAUGUCAUUGACAUGCCUGCAGUCAUCGAAAUCGUCUCGCUCCUCGAAAAAGUCACAAUUACCAAAGAACUGCUCGAGACCACCCGACUGGGCAAGCACGUGAACGAGCUGCGCCGCAAGACCGACAACGACUCGCUGUCGAAGCGCGCCAAGGAGCUGGUGAAGAAAUGGCGCAAUAUGGUGCUGCCCGACUCCAACGGCCAGCUGAAGCCCCUCGAGAAGCGCCCCCUCAACCGGUCCCCCUCCCCCAAGCGGCCCAAGCUGAACGGCCAAACGGCCGAACUCGAACUGUCCGAUAACUCGAAUUCGAGUUUCAAAGAUGUGAUAAGUACGAAAUUGAAGCGUGAUGUGAUCCUCAUUAAUUCCGACUCGAAUUCGAGUCAGCAAGAACCACAACUCGAGCAACAACAACCCAAGAAGCGCGGACGCAAAAAAGGCUCCAAAAACCACAAGAAUCUUCUCGAUGAGGCUGAGACGUCGUUCACGAAUAAGUUGGCCGUGUCGAGGGGCAACUCCAAGGUGAAGACCACGCAAGAGUUGAUUGCGGGGCUCCAGAAUAAGAAUAACACGGUCUUGGGGGCGUCGCCUGUUAAACCGAAGGAAGAUCUGAGUUUGCGUGCAGCUAAGUUAACGGAGAGGGUGUCAAUAAUUGACCAGAAGCUUAAUACAAAUGCUAACCGGUUCAAGAAUUCGAGGAAAAUUAACUUGGGGGGCAAGAAUGUGAUCGAGUCGGGGUCGGUGAUUAAUGACAAGUCGCUGAUACCGCCUGAAGAGGAGGUUAUUGUUGUGGACGAUGUCGAGCCGACGGUUGAAGACAAGCCGCCGGAGACGCCGCCCCCUGAGCCCCCCGAAGAGGCCAAAAUCACGUCGUUGAGUGUCGAGGAGGCGCUAGCGCAGCUGCCACCGCUUGUCGUCGACGAGGAGGAGGAGCCCCAGCCUGUGUGCACCUGUAUUCUGAAGGAGCACAAGGAUUUUUCCGUUGAUGAUACGGAAGAGUUGGGGCAACCGUUUGAGUUUGUUGAGGAUGAGGAGUGCGCAGCCAGGUUACACUUUGAGGGUAGGAAAAAAACUGAAGAGGUUACUCCAGAGGAGCUACAUAGCAAGUUUAUUGAUAAUGUGAAUGGGAAUUGGGGGGUUGGAGUGGCCAAAAUGGGGCCUGAAGUUGACGAUAGAGGUCUCUUUGUGAACGUAGUGCCUAAUGUAAAUACGGAGAGUAUACCGAAGGAUGUCAAAGCGGACUUUGAUUGUGAGAAUUAUAAGAAAUAUAGCAUUUCAGAGAGUGACAGGACAGGUGAUAGAGUGUUUCGGGAGUGGCACGAGGUCGUCGAGACACCUUCCUACAACGGCGAAAUUUUCAAAAUUUUGCCUUACGUUAUUAUAGAUUAAAAUACUAGUCUUGUAUUAAUUACACCUAAGAAUUAAGUUUUUUUUCCACUGAAAGACGAGGUGUCAUAUUAUUUUAUUUGAGACCUAGAAACUGAACGUCGGGGUCGCUUUUUUUAAUUAUUAUUGCACACCGCUUUUAUAAUUGUGUAUAUUUUAUUAGCUAGGCAAUGUUUUCAAAGUGUUACGAGCUAUGGUUAUAUAUUUAAAAAAAUGUCAAUUCACACAUUGGCUAUUGUUAAUUUAUUAAUUUGUUGUUUCAAUUCGCAUUAAUUAGUUAUGAGUUUGCCAAACGGGGCGCAUUUCUUCCGUUUUGUUGUCAGGUAAUUAAUUAAUUUUUCAGUUUAUUGUACAUAAAUUUAGGUUGUUCCACCCCUUUAUCAAAAUAGUUAUUGUACAAACAGUUAAUUUCUCUAGUUGGAAAAUAUCAGUACAUGAUAUUAAUUGCCUUUUACGAAAAAUAAACAUAUUUUCUAUAAAUUUGA